AUGAAUAAACACCGAAUUGGCUGCCAGAUACACUAAUUGGACACUUUCUUAUUCAUUUUCUUUUGUUUCUUUUUGGCUUUUGGCAAUCAUCAUACAUUGCAACUUUGCAACACUAAAUCGUUGACCGAAUGAAGAAGACAAUUUCUAUUUCGAUUUGAAACAAAUAAAAAACACUUUGAGAGUGAAGAAAAACUGAAGCAGAAGCAGAGGCAGAAGCAGAGGAUAGUGUAAAAAUGGGGAAAGUAACCGUUCCAUUUAUAGGGAUGAUAAUUGCAGAGAUUGUUCAAGUUGCUUUAAUCAUAUUAAGCAAACAAGUUAUGUCACAAGGAAUGACAAGUUUCAUAUUCAUUUUCUAUUCAAAUUCAAUCGCUGCUCUUGUUCUUCUUCCUUCUUCAUUCUUCAUCCAUAGAUUUCAACGUCCUCCACUCACUUUUUCAAAUCUUUCUGGUUUCUUCAUACUUGGAUUACUCGGUUAUUUGGCGCAGGUUUUUGGAUAUGCUGGGAUUAAUUACAGCUCAUCAACACUUGCUACAGCUAUGCUUAAUCUUAUUCCUGGUUUUACCUUCAUCCUUGCUGUUCUUUUUAGAAUGGAACAAUUAGAUUGGAAAAGCUCUAGCAGCUUAGCUAAAUCAUUGGGAACAAUAGUAUCUAUUGCUGGUGCUUUUAUUGCAACUUUAUACAAGGGUGCUGCAAUUCUGAAGGGACCGUCACCUACAAACUCAUCUCAGCAACCACUUUUCUCACAAGAUUUUAGUUGGAUACUCGGAGGAUUAUUUCUUUCAGCUGAUUGUGUGGUUGCUGCAGCAUUUCUUAUAGUACAGGCUUCUAUUCUUAAGAAAUAUCCAGCAGGGUUGAUUGUUGUAUUCUUUUACUGUUUUUUUGUGGCCAUUCUAUCUGCUGUGACCUGUUUGGCUGUGGAAAGAGAUAUCAGUGCUUGGAGCUUGGAACCCAAGCUAAGGUUGCUGUCAGUUUUAUACUCGGGAAUCUUUGGUUCAGCAGUUCAAGUUGGUAUUACUACUUGGUGUUUGCACCAGACCGGACCUGUUUUUGUUUCCAUGUUCAAGCCCAUAGGAAUUGUCAUAUCGGUGGUUAUAGGCGUUGUCUUCCUUGGCGAUGCAUUCUAUCUUGGAAGUUUGAUUGGUGCUACUGUGAUUGUUAUUGGAUUUUAUUCUGUAUUGUGGGGGAAAUCCAAAGAUAUUGAAGCCAGAAACUUGGAAUCAAGCGGCAACCAGACCCCCCUUUUGAAGGAAAACAUCAGUGAAGAGAUAUGAAGGUUUUUUGUUCACUUAAAAGGAUGCUCCGAUUCAUUCUUCCAGAAAAUUAGUCAGUUUCAAUUGUUUUGCUCGGAGUAAGGGAGAUAACUUUGACUCUGAGAAGUAUAUAGUUUUUCUCUUUCAAUGGCGCAUGGAUAGUUUCCCGAUGAAAGCUACCAGUCAAAUCAUCAAGGAUUAUUUGUAUUUAAAUAGUUUUUUGAACAUGAUUUAUAAUAGAACAUAAUAGUGUCAGUUGAUUCAUAUAGCCCACCAUCCAACCCUAUCUAGUGAUAAAAGUCUUCGAUUGUUGUUAUUUGUCAGAAAAACUUCGAAGAUUGGUGAUCAGUGAUCACCUAUAUAUAUAUACUAGUUUGAAGAUGUUAGACUUCACUAGGAAGAUAAAGAUGUCAACCUUGUGAGUUGUAAACCUGUUUUUUGUUUAUGAAAUCUUUGCAGAAAAAACUACUGUUGUAAUAUACUAUGUAAGAUAUGUACAAACACUGUUUGAUUACAAUUUUCUAUCCAAUGGUUUGCAGAGGAAGAUAACAGCACUAAAUAAAAUGAAAGUUCUCC